AGGCUCGGCCCAGCCGGCAGCCGCUGUUGCGGACGGGUCCCUCGGGACCUGGGCCGUGGAGCGGAGCGGAACCCCAGUCGCGGCGUGCGGAGGCGGGAGGAGCGGCGGGGCGGGCCAGGCCGGGCCACGCCGGCGCUGAGGCGGCGGCAUGACGGAGAGGCGGCAGCGGGCCCGUGUGCAGGGCGGCUGGGCCGGCGCACCGGCGGGACGGCUGGCAGGCAGGGCCCAGCUCCCAGCACCUAAGGCACCUGUGGCCACCAGCCUUGCCCCUGCAGGUGCCAGACCGGCAUGGAACAGAAGAGAUCAGCCUCACACUGAAAAGCAAUUUGUCUUUGAAAAGCCAUCAGAGGUGGAGCGCAAAGUUCCUGAGGCGGGUGUGAUAGACAAGCCUGGUGUGUAUGAGCUCAGCAAAGUACCAACUGGCAUUUCUAGGAUUCAUUUGAUUCCUGGCUUUAUUGACUCAGAACAAGCAGACUGGAUGUUUGAACAACUCCUCCAAGACAUACCCUGGGGUCAGAGAACUCACAUCAGACAGGAAGUAUCUUUUGAGGAACCAAGGCUUACCUCCUGGUAUGGGGAACUUCCUUACACGUACUCCAGGAUGACAAUGCAGCCAAACCCAAACUGGCAUCCUCUGCUGACCAUGCUUAAGGAGCGCAUUGAGGAGUUCAGUGGCUAUACCUUCAACUCUCUUCUCUGCAACCUCUACCGAAAUGAGAAGGAUAGUGUAGACUGGCACAGUGACGACGAACCAUCACUGGGAAAUAAUCCUGUCAUUGCCUCGCUCAGCUUUGGUGCUACCCGGACCUUUGAGAUGAGGAAGAAACCCUCCCCUGAAGAGAAUGGAGACUAUACUUACGUGGAAAGACUAAGAAUCCCACUUGAUCAUGGGACUCUGUUGCUGGUGGAAGGAGCUACCCAGGAGGAUUGGCAGCAUCGAGUGCCUAAGGAAUAUCAUUCUAGAGAUGCACGGAUAAACUUGACGUUUAGGAUCAUUUAUCCAGAACCCGAUGGAGUUUGGAAGUGAAGAGGCGCCUUGGGCAUUGUUGGGCAUAGGCACACAGCAGAUCCAGAGCCUCAGAUUGCUACAGAUUUAAAGGAAGCCUUGCGGGAACAGAGUUCUGUGAAACAUCUGAUGGGGGAAAAGAACUGGUAUUAUAAAGAUCUUUGACAAUCAGAAGCUGCCUGUGUUAUGUGGACAGUGCUGGUUUGUUUUCAGAAAUGGUAUGCUAUUAGAUGAUACUAAAUCACUGGCUUUAAGUUUGUGAAAAAACAAUAAUCUUUCUUAAAAGAACACCAAGCACAUGAAAGAUCUGAGAGGUUCCAACUGGAGCAGAGAGAUUCAGUGAGCAGGUAUUUUUGCACUUUCUCUUGUCUCCCCUUUCCCGCCCAAGUAGUGGUCAAUGUUCUAAGUAACAACAUAACAGGAUUCUUUAAUGGAAAGGCAACUGUGUGUGUGCUGUGUGUACACAAAUGAGAAAGCUGCACUUCAUGAUGAUCUCCGAGUAGUACUCAUUUCACCAAGGGGUAGUGCAUUGCUUUUUAUUCGUAGGUUGCAAAGUCUUUUCCAAUGAAGCAAUCAGUUUCAUUAUUUAUAUAACUACUUGAAUUAUACUAGUGUCCAGUAGAACAGAGGGCCAAGGCUCCCUUCUGCUAUGCACUCUGUGGUCAGACUUUAUCCUAACUCUUUAUCCAUGUAGACAAGACAGACAAAGGCAAGCAACAGAGACAUCUUAGCCAUGAGGCUUACCAGCCAGGUCGAAGCUUGCCCAUUACUUGAAUAUUAACAGUCCUCCAUCCCUGCUGGCUUAAAACUGUUACCUGUGUCAUAGGCAGGAAAAAAGACACAAAGAGACAAAAAACAUUACUUUCAGAAUUUGCUAAUGAAUUCUUAGUUUCUUUUUUCUUUUUAGCACACUAAGUUAUGGCUUCCAGUGAUUUCAGGUGGGACAGGAAAUGUCAGGAUCUUUAAAAAUUAGGCCUGUACUGCCAGAUUUGAUACCCAGAAGAACUGGUCCAAAGAUUUGGACCCAAAUUGUUGUAAUCACAAUGUAAGUGAGUUGCAAAGCUACACUAAGUAGAGUGUAGUAGCACCACGUGCAGCACUCACUCUGGUGCUGCUGCUCCUAGGUCAAUGCGUAGUGCAUUAAACAAUAUUACUUGGAGGGCUACCUCUCAAACCUCUGCUGUUACAGAGAAGCAGUCAGCAGCGCAGACCUGAUUCUGGGUUGACUUGCUGGAAUUCCUCAAGUUUGCCCGCCCCAGGUACAUCUCACCUGUUGGUAGGAACUGGUGAGCUAAUGGCUGCUGUCUGGAUGCAAAGUCAGGUAUGCUACCUACGUGGUUAAGUUCUCCCUGCAGCUAAAUGGCAUCCACUGUACUGGAUCAAAACAUAGGUUUGGUAGGUCUUUACUUUCUGCCUGAAGUAGGACUUAAGAACGGGUAAAUACUCUAUGCCUUGUAACACAUUGAUAUUGUUAAGCAAGUUAGCGUCCCUCUUCAGUGCAAGAGUAAGUUGGUGUUUAGAAAAUACUUCUCUUAGCCAACAUUUGCUGUAGUUUAAAAUUGUUAUUUGAUGAGAGCAAUCAAGUUAUCAAUCCUCAAUUAUGCCUGUAGUUUAAUGUUAUUCACCACCUAAAGAACAGACUGUUGAGCCAUUUCAAACCCUGUGCUCUGAAAUUAGGCAGAAUAAUUUUCUUUGUGUAUCAGACAACUCUAGAAGUAGCUUCUCUACCUAAAGCACUAUACAGCUUUUGAAAUAGCUUAUUAUUCUAAAAUGAAUGAAUAUUAUUUAGAAAACUUACUUUGUUAUCUAAUAAUGUCUUCAGUUUCAUCCCAGUUUGUAUAGAAAUACAUUUUUUGAGUAUAUUUAAUGUUAAUUCCUCGCAUUUGAAUGUAAGAUCUGGGCUCUGUGACGUAUGUCCUGAGAAUUAGCGUUGAAGGAGGCACGUUUACUUUCAUGUUUACUUUCUUUGAGUAACCGGAGUUUUGUCUACAUCCCUGUAUGUGUGCCCAGGUUUGGCAGUCCUGACAGAGAGUGGUUUUCCUUAACCGAGGGGCAGUGCUAAUUUCUCCAGGUAUUCUGACAAGGCAACACUUUAGCCUUUGUCAGUUCAUAUGAGCUACGUUUAUUUACACUGUGUUAAGAGAGUCAUGCUGCAAGAGAGAGUAGGAGAUGGGGACUAGAUGGAAACUUUUAAAUCCCCAAACUCUUCACCCUAUGGAAAUGGCAACUCAUUUGAAUUCAAUGAAGCUGUGGCACAUAACUGAUGGUAGGGCCCUGGAGGCUGAUACUGUUGCGGAAGAACAGUUUUUCACUUACUUUCUCGGUUUCAAUUUACAAUAGGAAAUUGUGUUUUAGUUUCUUUAUUUCUGUCGGUUUGAGAGAAGGUUUCCUCCCCAACAAUAAAAAGAUUUAUAAGAGAAGUGCUGUAUCGCAUGGAGCUCUCUUGGGGUGAUACCCUUUUGUUGCUGGUGUCUGCUAUGUUCUGUUCUCUCUUCUGUGUCGGCUGUGCUGCUGCUUAUAUCCAAAUCUGGUUGACAGUGGGGAGAAGGCUCGUGGCAUUGUUCCUCCCCCUAUCCUGAGUGCCCUGGCUGCAAGGGGAACAGUUGGCAUAGAGCUCAAGUUUCUUGGUCAGCUGGGAACUUAUGGGUCCUUCCUUCCUCCCCCCACCUCCUCCCAAAAAAGUCACCUAGCCAGGUGGCAGCGGAUUGCAACCUCCUGCCUGCCGGGACAGCAGGAAAUGGCUUAGAGCAGAGGAGAUUCCAGCCCACAUCUCCUCAGGAGAGCUUUCUGCAGGAACAUUUUUCCUGUAGGUAGAAAUUUUUUCCAGAAUGCUGCAAGCACUCUUAAGUUCUCAAGAUGAAUGUGCGCAAAAGUGAGAUUUGAGAAGUAUUGAGCCCAGUGCUGUUCUCAUGGCACCUAAAGAUUUUUCACUUGAGACUGGGGCAACUUGAAAAUUUCUGGUGCUACUGUUCAGCUGUUUCUGCUGUUGGAGUCAAGUGCAGAGGGUAAUAUAUUGAUAACAGUAAUAACAUAAUUAGGUUCUGUUCUUCAGCUUAAAGAUUGCUGCAGGAACCUUUGCCCUGGUUACAUGGAUUUGAAAACAGUAUUUCUAAAAAUGCUACCCGAAAGAUUUACUUCCCAGUUAUUAGGCUGUCUUCCUUCACAGGACUGUUUUGACAGUAUAGUAUUUCCAGCCAAAAGGUUUUUGAAAAAAAGGUUUAAAAUCAGAAUAUAUUACAGUAAUUCAAAGUAAAAUAUAUUGUUUAUCUGAAAACAAAGGGUUCUACAUACAAAGAGGAUUUGGGCCCGGGGGUGGGGGUUGCCCAGAGUUUUUGUUUUUGCUGUUAUCGCCAGACUCACUAAUCUAAGCAUGGAGUAGUCUGUCCAUAUGAGGUAGUGGAGCAGGUGCUAAGAGCUGCUUUGCCAACAGAGAACCUCUGAAUUUUGUUUUCCAUAUUCUCUGUGUGCUUCCUGUGUGUCCCAAACUGCCUCUUGUAGCCUUUUGCUUUCCCCUCUCAUUGCCGCUGUCACCUCUCGUGUGCUCCCUGCUGCAGGUGUGACGAUGUUUUUUUUAUGUAGAAGAUAUGAACUGUGUGUUUACUUUUUUCCUAUUUCUUUAUUCGGAAAUGUUAUUUUUCAGCAGAGUAUGUGUAUCUCUUCCAAGAAAAGCUGAAAAAUUGCAUUCCUCAAAACUCUUUGUUGUCUGUGGCUUUCAAACAGAUUGAGUCUACUAGUUACCCCAGUUAAGAUUCCCUUUUCCAAAACAGCCAUCACCUUUUCCAAAAUACAGUGCUCCUCCGGCUUGAUAAGGAGCAGAUGAAUGGAAGCUGUCUUUGGUAAGGAUGGAUGGUGGCCUGCCAGCCCGAGGGAAUGUGCGGGAUGGAGCUGUUCUGACAAAAGGACAAGUGGUUCCAUCAACAAUAUGUAACCAUUAAUUUAUUUAACACCUAGAUAAACAAUAACGUUAUUAAUUAAUCAUACUGGUGUCAGGAAUCGCUCUGUCUCCAUGCUAUUUGCAAUAAUCAUUUAAUCACAGAAUACUUGAAUAUUCAAGCACGAACUCUCGAUGGGGUUAGAAUAUAUCUGAUUGAAUACUACGCUGUUGGGCCACACCAGGUUGAUCUGAGCACAUGCUAUUUAAAAUCAAUAGCAAAGUUCCAUCAUUUCUCUGCUGUAUUUUUUUUUUCUGAAAAAACCCAACUCUUUAGGAUUUUCAGUCUUGAUUAGCUUUUAAGCCAUAGAUAAUUUUAUGACUGAUGGGCUGCUUAUAGCUACAUAUAGUAAUUUAUAGCUACAAUAGUAAUGUAAAAGGAGACGGGGUGCCAGCAAGGGGUUAAUAAACCAGAAUUUUCAUACCAUAGUGUUGGCAAGGUACAGAACACUGUUCUUCUGGGGUUUGGGGUGGGAGACGUAUGAUGGGUGCUGUGAAUCCAUAAUGCCUCCUCCUCAAGUGCUGCUACUAUUGACUUCGCAAAAAAGAUUUUAACACCCACUUUGCCUUUUCUGGUCAUAAACCUUUUCAGAGUGGAUAUGAAAUCUGCCUCACGAUGUUUUGUUUUCAAAGCGCUUCUUUUCCAUCCUUGAGGUUUCCAUAGCAACCCGGGCCAUUUGUUUAAAUUGGAGCUCACUGGCCUGUCCUCCCUGCACCUAACUUCUGCUGAGAUCUUGCAGGUAUCGCCUCCUCUUCUUGCCAUGCCAGAGAGUGACGUGUAACGGUUAUAGAGGGGCUCAGCAGCAGUUGGCUAUAAGAGCGCUGGCCCUUUGCAGAGGGCCAUUCACUCAGCAAGACGACAGAUGUGUGCUUUCUCCCGUUGCCCUGUUCGAUUUACCUCAUUCUUCUUCUGUGUAACGUUCAGUACGACUUUGUGGAGUUAUUACAAGCUCUCUUGAAGAGCGGGUUAGCUGGCAGCUCUUUGGCGGCUCACGCUGGGAAGGCAUGUCUUGGUAGAGGUAGAAGGCCUUGUUUUAAGUAAAGUGGGGAUUGUAUUGAAGAAUUCUAAUCAGAAUAAGGAGCAAGGAGGUCUGUUGCAUGGCCCCCAUCAUUUGAUUUAGGUUUCCCAACAGGAACAAAAACUUCGUUCUGUUGACUCAGGAGGUUUUGCUGGCGGAGCAAGACUUAGAGCAGAGUCUUCACAUCACGGGAGAUCAUCCAGACAGACAGUGCUCACUGGGUCCAGAAUGAUGCCCAACCGAAAGUUGUUUCUGCCUGUAGCUGUGUGUGCAGCUGCCUUGCUAUUCCCAGGAGGGUGUUAUUUAGUCUGUCUCUCUAGUCCCAUGGUGGAGACAUCACAUAGAUCCACGCUGAAGAGUGGGCUGACAUUACAGCUGACCUCUGACUUGCCAGUGCCAGUCCUCUGCCCCAGGCAUGUUUCCAGCGAUGCCCUUGUGCUGGAGCCAGUGGGAGGUGAGCUGGCUGAGCAUGAUUCCUUACAGCACAGAAGAGCAGAAAGCAGUCCACUUGGGAGAACCCAGAGGCUAGAAAGAUCCCCAGUGUUGGGUGGGACAGGGGACUUGUGGCUGUGACUUGUCACUGGCCAUCGGGUCCUCAUCAUCAUUAGGGAGGGCUGCGGGAAGACUUCUUGCCCUGAAGACCAUCUGAUGCGGAGAGCAAAAGAUGAAGCAGGAGUGACCAGAGACGGGACUUGCCAGAGGGUGUACUGGCCUGGACAUACAACCCGCAGUCCCAGCUUGGUGCCCGAUUCGUUAGCCUGCAGAAUGUGCAUGGUUGUCAUUAUCCGCCCCGCUCCGUGUCCCACUUUCAGGAGGCAGAUCCAUGCUGGGUUUCUGCACUGUGCCGAGGAGGAGGCAGCCCGGCCGACCAGCAUGGCAUGCCUUUAGCUUGAAAUAGCUGGAGGCACUUGGAAAGGAGGGGGGCCACAAGAUGGAGGCUUCUCAAUUCUUUGGGAGAAGCAAGUGGGAGUGAUAGAAGAGAGAUUUAAAAUUGCCUGGUGGUGUUUUCUUCUGUUGGGAAGCGGUGGGUGGCUGAAGUGCCUAAAGUCCCCCAAAAGGUUUAGAUACUGAGUGAAAAACAGUCUGCCAAAACAAACGAAACCAAAACCAAAGGAUUUGGUUACUUGACGUCUAGUAGUUCAUUGUUAAGAAACUUCUUUUUUAUUCUCUAGACUAUAGUUGAUUUAUUUCUUGAUUACUUGCAAAAAGGCUUAAAAAGAGAGGGGGGAAAAGGAAAUUUGUUCUGCUGAAAUACUUGGAUGCUCUGCAGUGUUUUUAGCUGCAAAAGAAAGUGGAAGAUAAAAUCUUUCAGAAGUGCUAAGAUACAAUUUGAGGCAUCGACUUCAGAUUUUUACUCUGGAUUCACAUAGGAAAAGUUUCCCUUUUGAGCGACCUCCAAAGCAGCCGGACGGAGCUGUUGUGGCCGCGCUGUCUGCUGGUCAGCCCUCCCUCACCAGUUUUAAGGUUUGUGGUCAGUUUUGCCCACAUCUGAGAGAGGACAGGAAAAGUCUCCGAAAUAAUUCCAUUUCUUCAGCUCUUGCAAAAACCAGCAGUUGGGUACAGAAGAGAAACCAGGACGAGCGUCCUGUGCUCAGAGAGCGAUGGGUUACGCUGGGCCUCCCCCAGGAGGAGGGGUGAAUCCUCCUCUCCUCGCUCCCUUGCCACAGCGAUUCUGCUGACACCUUGCCUGGGAGGCAGCACAGCACGCGUGGCCACCAGCUCGCCGUGGACCACUUAGAGGGAUAGAAACUCCUGGGAUUCAUCAGCCAAGUUCUCCUUUGCACAUGCAAAAGUGGGGGUUUUUUUAUCCCCAAACUCUUUUUUUUUU